UCAAAAAUACCACCAAGGGAGCGCGGAUCAGAAGCUUUCCACGCAGCCACACUUGGCCGUCUUCAGCCGUUCUCAUGCGUACAAAUCUCAAACAAAACUCAUCUUUCCUGCAGAAAAAAACGACUCCAAGGUGACAAUGAAGAAAGCCAUUUAUUUCUAACCCGACUGCUCCAAGUAAAGGCAAUACGUCGGACUGACACGACUUUACACGCCUGUGAGAGGAUCGGUCACCUUCUUUGCAACACCCAUCGGCAUAUUCCUGCUUUGAGAGGAGGGGGGAAAAGAGGGAGAAGAUGUGGAUAUUUUACAGUUCGGACGAUUCAAAGUGUAUCUUUUCUAUUUGGAACCAGUGGUGUUUGUAUUACGCAGCGGUGAUGUGUUUGUUGUUUUCACCCGUCAGGAUGGACGACGCGUGCCCGUCGUCCUGCAUCUGUACCAGGGACUCGGGGACGGUGACCUGCCGUGACGGGGACUAUACCGAGGUACCCAGAGACAUACCUGAGUGGACGUCCACCUUGACACUUACGGGGAGUAACAUCUCAACUUUACAGCGUGAUGCGUUCAUGACCAACGGCACGGAGUUGGAAAUGACGACACUCUCUCUGUCCUAUAACGGGAUACAGGCUAUUGAACCUUACGCCUUCCUGGGGCUUUCACAGUUACAUUUGUUGGACCUUAGCCACAAUCAGUUGGAGUUUAUCUCAUCCAGGGCUUUCCAUGGAUUACCCGAGCUGCGCUCUCUUUACCUGAAUUAUUGCGUUUCGCCUGCGGCCACAACGCAGCUCUCAGAUGCGCUCAACACACAAAGUUUGCGCAACCUGCACAGACUGGAGUUGGCGGGAAACAAGCUGAUGUCUAUCCCCCUCGAGAGAUUAGAUGUCUUUAACCUCCACGCUUUGGUAUUGAUUAAUAACUCAAUAGAGAUCAUCGGGGAGGAAAACGUAACCACUUUGUACCAGCAAAGGCGCAUACGCGUCUACUUGUCUUUAAAUCCGUUUCGGUGCAACUGUGAACUGGAGGCGUUUUACUACUGGCUGAAGAACUCAUCCCAGUGCCCGGAUGCAGGGCGUCUUCUGUGCAGCGAGCCAGAAGCCAAGAGGGGGAUUCCUGUGGAAAAGCUCCGGGGAGAGGAGGUUGAUUGUAUGAACGAGAAUUUGGAGGCGGUGUCAUAUGUUUUCCUAGGUAUAGUGUUGGCUCUGAUCGGGGUGGUGUUCCUGAUGGUGCUCUAUCUCAACCGGGGAGGCAUCAAACGGUGGCUCAACAACAUCAGAGAGGCCUGCCGAGACCAGAUGGAGGUAUAUCAUUACCGUUAUGAGCAGGACUCAGAUCCCAGACUGGCCAACGUGGCUGUUUAACCAGUCGAAACAUCAAUCCAGUGCUGCAUAGUGCGAGGACAGACGAUAUUACCAGGAGAACUUAUUUAUCAAAGACUGUGGCCUUGACCUGUCACAACUACAACUGAUGGUUUUUUAAAACUAGUUUCAUCACGUUCAGCCCAUGAAUUCACUCUGGGAUAUGCACAGAGCCAAAGGCAGUUCAAUAUAAGUAACUGUUCAUCCAGCACAACUGAAUACUUCAAUCUUCUCAGCAGUGUUGUACAUAUUGUAUAUAAGUAUCUCCUCAUAGCAGAAAUGCUUUCCAUCCAUCAUGUUAUCAUACACAGCCCCACUUGUUUAGUAUUUACCCUCAGUUACCAAGUGAAAAGCGCACAGUAAAGGUCCAUCAAAUUUCCAAUUUGAAAAGCUGAGUCAGCAUUAUUACCCAAAGCUGCGGCCCCUGCUUAAUAUUUUACAUUCAGGAAAACCUGCGCAGAGAACAAGACUGCUUUUAAUCUACCAGGGAGUGCAUAUUGUCAGAAAACUGUCAGAGAAGGAAAGUCAUUUGGCAUUUUUUUAAUGGAGUGCCAUGUUUGUGGAAUAUGUUACCCACCAUGUUUUCACAAAGACCCUUUUAUGUCAGAGAAGAACGUGUGUUAUUUGACACCAGAUCAGCUUAUCAGUAAAGCUGUGGAAAAAGCGAAAGAGAGACCAAUUUUAACCGUGCAUGUGAUUCCUAUAGGCAUAGAAAACCAACCAAAACAUUAAUAAAAAGCCAAACAAAAAAAGAAAAAUCGUGAGUUUGCAGUGUGUCUGUACAUUUUAUCAUCACUGUCAGGGAAUGUAGACUUCAUGCAGCACUGUGUCAGACAUUAAAUGUAUUUUUUUCCCUGCUGUGUUUCUGAAUGAGUGUGCAAGCUCCUGGUGAAAUUUGCAGAACGUGUGACUUCACAAACUAAAGUGAGGUGUCACAUUGUCAUCGGGGUUCAAGGACUAGAGGGAAAGACUGGAGAGAUAUGGCAUAAAAGUGCAGUCGUGUUAAUCACAUCAGCACUGUGACUAAUAACCCAUAGAGACUGAUGAUGGUAGUCAGUAUCUUUACGGCUCACGGCUGAUCGACCUUCUUAGCUAAAGGUCGCCAUUACAGUCAAGGUCAAUUACUAAAGAAAGAGAAGCUAGAGGGAGGACCCAGGUGGAUCACUGUGUGUGUAUGAAAUGAAAACAAACUGUAGUUAUGGAUUUCUAAACAAGCAGUAGACUAUUUUCCAUUGUCACAUCAUUAGUGGAAGGUAAGAGAGUGAGUAAAUCAACGCACCGGGCAUAGCAACUAACCAAGGAAUCAGUGUAGCAGCUGUUCCUCCCUCAUAAAUCAUAACAAAUGUGAUUAAUACACCUGAUUAAAGACAAUGAGGCGAGAAAAUUAGAAUCAUCCACACCGCACUGGAUGAACAGUUCUAACAAAAGGAGCGAGGUGAUGAUUAGCACUUUCCGGUGCAGAGAAGGAUCAAGCAGUGACAGAUCACUGUGAAACAGAUGGCCCCCUCUCUAGACAAGCUACAGUUAUUUAUGUCUUCAUCUACAGAUUAAAAUAUUACAAUAUCUGUGUGUUUAACUUAAACUUCCAGUUAA